AUGGACGUUGAUGAAAAAAUAAUCACGUUACACUCAAAUACAGAGUGUAAGCAAACUUGUGGCAGCAACUGGAAUGAUCCUCCAGAAGCCGAUGGGGAUUUAGAUGGGGAGAAUGAUCUGCAUGUCUAUCUAGAUGAGGAGAGUGUCCAAGAUUUGUCUUCCGACGUAGACGGUGACAUUAACCAAGACACGGGUGGAAGCCCUAAUCAAGCUUUCCACACAGAUGUGGAAGGAACCCAAAGUGUCUCUCCAGAGGUGGAGGGAGAAGCAGAUGGAGAUUCCACGGAGGACUUUGAUUCUGAUGCGGACGAUGGAGAGGACCGUGUUCUCUGCUUGGAUGUCAGCGAUGGUGACCGAGACUUCGACAUUAGCACUGGUCAACGGGAGGUCAACCGCGAAUCGUCCCUCGCAGCCACCUCGCCGGUUUCCCCUUCUGCGCCUGACAAACCAUACAGGUGCCCCGAAUGUGGGAAACACUUUGGCACCAGCUCCAUCUUGGGCCAGCACCGCCGCAUCCACAGCGGAGAGAAGCCCUAUAAGUGCGGCGCCUGCGGCAAAUGCUUCACCCGGGGCUCGACCUUCCUCCAGCACCAGCGGACGCACACGGGCGAGAAGCCGUUCAAGUGCCCCGAUUGCGGCAGGUGCUUCGGCCGGAGCUCCAACCUCAUUCAGCACCAGCGGGUCCACACAGGGGAGAGGCCCUACAACUGCGGCACCUGCGGAAAGUCCUUUUCCCUCAGCUCCACCCUCAUCCAGCACCAGAUCAUCCACACGGGAGAGAAACCGUACAAAUGCCCCGAUUGCGGCAAGUGCUUCAACCGCAACUCCAACUUGCUGAACCACCGGCGGGUGCACACCGGGGAACGCCCUUUCGCCUGCCGCGUCUGCGGCAAGUCGUUUUCCGAGAGCUCCUCCCUCACCCAGCACCAGCGGACCCACACCGGGGAGCGCCCUUUCCGGUGCAAGGAAUGCGGCAAGUCCUUCUCGCUCAGCUCCACUCUGAUCCAGCACCACGUCACCCACACCGGGGAGAAGCCUUACGAGUGCCUGGACUGCGGCAAGUCCUUUGGCCUCAGCUCCACCCUGCUGCGCCACCAGCGGGUCCACACCGGAGAAAAGCCCUUCGAGUGCCAGGACUGCGGGAAGACCUUCGGCGUCAGUUCGCACUUCUUGCAGCACCGCAGAGUCCACACGGGCGAACGCCCCUUUCAGUGCCCGGAUUGCGGGCGCGCCUUUAGCCAGCGGGCGCAUUUGGCGCUACAUCAAAAGACCCACCAGAAUGGGAUGGCCUUGCGGCUCCGCCACCAAACCCUCUACAUCUGCAGCGACUGCGGGAAGAGCUUCCGGCAGAGCUCGCACAUGGCACAACACCAGAGGGUCCACGCCGGCGAGAGGCCGUACCGAUGCGAGGACUGCGGGCGCGGCUUCUCCCAGAGCUCCAAGCUGCUGCAGCACCAGCGGGUCCACACCGGCGAGAGGCCGUACCCUUGCGAGGAUUGCGGGUGCCGCUUUGGGCACAGCUCGGCACUGUCGCAACACCGGCACAUUCACACCGGGGAGAGGCCGUACAAAUGCCCACGCUGCGAGAAGGCUUUCUGCCAGAGCUCGGCGCUCGUGCAGCACCAGCGUAUCCACACCGGGGAAUUGCCGUACGCGUGCCAGGAAUGCGGGAAGCGCUUCCGAUACCUCCUGCAGCGCACGCGGCACCAAAAGGCGCAUUUCAGGGGAGGGGCCUCAGCUGCUGCUGCUGGUCUUGCAGGAGAAGCAGAUACAUUAGCAAUGAAGAACAAGCUGGUACCUUCAGCAGGGAAUGAGACUUCGGCGGAAGAGGGGGACCGUGCAGAGGAGGGAACUUCCUCUGACUCGCUCCCUCCCAGUCACCCUGAGCCCUGGUGGCUGCAGUCUGUUCCCAAACACUUGUUGGAGCAAGAAAGUCUUCACCUGCUGGCAGAAGGACAAGGAGGAAGCCAGUCCGACGUCUCUAGGAAGGGAGUUCCAAAGUCUGGGAGCAGCCACCAAGAAGGCCCUGCUGACCGUGAGAGUGAUGGAACCGAGAGAGGAGUCUCCCCUGAAGAUCUCAGAACUCGGGCAGGUCCCCUAGAAAAUGCUCCUGCCGCAGCAUCCCACAUGGAUGGAACAAAGGAGGCAAGCGAUCCUGACAGACCUGGAACUUCGGAGGAAGAGGAGACCCUGAGAAUCACUCAUGCAGGUGAUGCUGAGAAGAUGGAGCCCUUAAAGGGGGUGGAGGAGGAAGAGGAGGAGGAGGAGGAAGAGGGCAUCUUAUGUAUGGAGCCCAGAGGCCGCGUCGGAGAUGACGACUCGCCGACUGCGGCCCCUCCGCAACGCGGGAAGGGGGAGCGCCCAUACCCCUGCGGCGAGUGCGGGAAGACGUUCAGCCAGUGGUCGAAGCUGGUGCGCCACCGGCGCAUCCACACAGGCGAGCGCCCCAACACGUGCGCCGACUGCGGCAAGUCCUUCACCCAGAGCUCCCACCUGGUGCAGCACCGGCGGACGCACACGGGCGAGAAGCCCUACGUCUGCGGCGACUGCGGCAAGGCCUUUUCCUGGAGCUCCAACCUGGCCCAGCACCAGCGGACCCACACCGGGGAGAAGCCCUACGUGUGCCGGGAGUGCGGCAAGGCCUUCUCCCAGAGCACCAACCUCAUCAAACACCAGCGCAGCCACACGGGGGAGAAGCCCUACCGCUGCCCGGAGUGCCCGAAAAGCUUCUACCGCUCCUCGGACCUCAUCCAGCACCAGAUCACACACACGGGCGAACGGCCCUUCAAAUGCGACGAGUGCGGCAAGGGCUUCACCCAGAGUGCCAACCUGGUCAAGCACCGCAAGAUCCACGCCGGGGAGAAGCCCUUCCGCUGCAACGACUGCGGCAAGACUUUCAUCCAGAGCUCGGAGCUCAUCCAGCACCAGCGGACGCACUCGGGCGAGAAGCCUUACCAGUGCCAGGAGUGCGGCAAGCGCUUCGGCCACGGCGCCACCCUGGUCAAGCACCAGCGCCUGCACAUGGGGGUGGAGCCGUACCGCUGCGCCGACUGCGGCAAGACCUUUGGGCUCAGCUCGGCGCUGGAGCGGCACCGGCGCUGCCACAGCGAGAGCCGCCCCUACGCCUGCGGGGAGUGCGGGCAGAGCUUCUCGCUGGCCUCCAACCUCACGCUGCACUCGCGCAUCCACCGGGGCGAGAAGCCCUACCGCUGCGCCGACUGCGGCAAGUGCUUCGGCAUGAGCUCCACCCUCAUCCGCCACCAGCGCAUCCACACGGGGGAGAAGCCCUACGCCUGCCCCGACUGCGGCAAGGCCUUCGUCCGCAGCUCCCACCUCACGCAGCACCGGCGGACGCACACGGGCGAGCGGCCCUACCACUGCGAGGAGUGUGGGCGGCGCUUCUCCCAGAGCUCCAACCUCAUCACCCACCAGCGCAUCCACAUGGAGGAGCGGCCCCACGUCUGCCACGGCUGUGGACAGCGCUUCGCCCAGGAGGAGGAGCUGCAGUGCCACCACCACCAGCAGCAGGACGGGAAAUGCAGCGGCAAAGGGGGUGUCAGAGAGCCAGAGGGCCUGGGGAAAACCUGUGGGGAAAGCCAUGUGCCGGCAUCGCACCCGGAGAGCGGAGCCACUUGCGCCAUGUGCGGGCCGGAGUGCAAAGAUGCAGCCGGACUCGUGCAGCACCAGAAAGGCAACGUUUCCCUCGUCUGCAACAUAUGUGGGGAGAGCUACCAAGAUGGCGCCAAGUUAGCUCAGCACCAGGAAAGCCACACGUCUUACAUCUGUACCGAAUGUGGGAGGAGCUUUGGGGACUCGGGAGCCUUAGCCCGUCAUCAGGAGAACCAUGAAUCUUGGAUAUGUGGCGUCUGCGGACAGAACUGCAAGGAUCGCUUGGCCUUGGUGCAGCACCAAGAAGCACACUCGCUGCACAUCUGCGGCGCAUGCGGAGAGAGCUUUGUCGACAGCCAGGCACUCGAGGAGCACGAGGAGAGCGGGAGGUGCAAGGACGACUCCAAGCUCCUGUUUGGCCCGGGAUCCCAGAAGAUGCCGGCGCGUGUGGAUUCCAGGGAGAGCUUUGCUGUCGGGAUGGCUCUCGUGCCGCGUCAGGAGGGGGAAGCAUUGUGGGGCUGUCUGGAGCGUGGGGAAGGCUGCAAGGACAGUUCGGCCCUGGGGUACCACCAGCAGAGCCACCGGCGGAGGCCUCAUGCCUGCUCCAAGUGUGAACAGGCCUUUGCCGAUGGCGCAGCCCUCUCCCGCCAUCGAAUGACCCAUAUGGAAGGGGAUUUGUACAAAUGUCCCCAGUGCGAGCAGAGCUUUGAGGGCCUUUUGGCCUUCACUCGGCACCAGGGGGAACACGCCUGCGAGAAGUGUGUGGAGUGUGGCCAGGCCUUUGAGGACUGUGAAGGCCUCUCGCUCCACCAGAAGAGCUUGGGGGACGAAAUGCACGGGCGUCUUGAAUCCAGAGAACCUCCUCGGGCCGACUCAGAUCCUGUAACACAACUGAGCGAUCCCAUGGAGGAGCCUGCUGACACAGGUUUUACCACAGCCCGUAAAAUAUUCUCUGGUGACCAGCCCUCCAAUGAAAAGGUGGUGUCCAGCCCCCACAAGAGUGUCCCACUGGACAAACAGCCCUUUAGUGACCACUUGAGGCCUACUUUGCACCAGAGAAUCCACCCGAAAGCUCAGACUCUGGACAGUGUCACACCUGAGAGCAUCCCUGAAGAAGAGGAGGCGUGUUCGGGUGGGCUGGGCCUCCAGGACAGCCUAGCUCUCGCCUCACAAACCCCACCCGAAGAAGAGCCUGGUCUGGGCACCUUGGGUGACAGCUCGCUUAAAGAUAGCUUGGCUGCGGCUCCACUGCAGAAGAGAGCUUCUCCCGCCGACAGACCUCCUCCGGUCUCCACCGAAAUGGCUGCCCUCAUCCGCCACUCAAGCACCAAGCCCUACAAGUGCCACGACUGCGAGCAGAGCUUUGCGGAUGCCGGCGGCUUGUCGUGCCACCAGGCUGGCCACACGAAGGGGCAGCUGCUGAAGUGCCUCGAGUGUGGGAGGGGCUUCCCGGAGAGGCUGGCUCUGAUCCGGCACCAGAUGGAACACACAGUACAGAAAGCCAGAGCCGUGCGGCAGCCGCCGCCAACGAGGAACAAUCGCGGCAAGGAGAGGGACCCCGGGAGCCCCCUGGAAUUCGGGGAGAGCUUCACAGAGAUCUCGGCUGUCCUUUUGCAGAGGGAAAACCACGUCUCCGAAAGGGGUGCCUCGCUGCGGCUGAAGGAUCGUGGUGGGGACGGGAAGCAGAGUCUAGGAGACCCUUUGCAGACCACGGAGCCCUACUUCCACCUUGAUUUGGGGAAAGCCUCGGGUGCCGGGGGAGUGCUGGGCCAGCGCCAUGGGCAGCAGGAGAAGGGCAGAUACUUUGGGCACUCUGAACCUGGGAAGAUCUCCCGGAACAGCUCGAUAUUGCUGCAGCACCUCCAGAACCACACGGCAGAGCAGCCCUGAAGCCCUGGGGUAUUGUCUUCGGUGGGAUUUGGUCAGUACCAGGCAGGUGUGACCUGCGGUGCUCUGUCUUGUGUCACACUCCCCACCCCCUGUUCGAUCGUCAAAGCUAAGAGUGGGGUGUACAUAGGGGUAAACUGGGGCAACUUGGUCUGCCCAGGGUUGGAGACAUGCCCUUGAUGGAAAGAAGAUACUACGGACAUUAUUAUUAUUAUUAUUAUUAGGGUGGGGGUCUGUGCAGAUGCGCAGAAUCGAAACGGGAGGUGCUGCAGCAAACAAUGUAAGUUGGGGAAACCCUCGAGGUUCUUCACCAGCAAAAUACACAGUGGCUCUUCCUUUUCAGGUAUUUUUUCCUUCGUUCCUCCCUGGUUUCCCCUCUGAAUCAGAUGAGCUCAAGUCUCUUUGAAGGGUAGCUAAUCUUGAGGCCUUCCAGAUGUUGCUGGACUACAGCUCCCAUCAUUCCUGACCGCUGGCCAUGCCUGCUGGGGCUGAUGGGAACUGAAGUCCUAGCAACACCUUGAUAGCUUCAGCUUAGGCCUCUCCCCGUUUAAAACAUGGAAUUAGCCAGGAGCUGGCAGCAGGUGGCCUUGUACAAAAAGUGGAAGGCUUUCUCUGUGUGUGUGUUUCUGUAACUGGUGGGAGGGCUAGUUUCCAAAGUCCAUCUUUCUCCCCCUCCAUUAUUAUUAUUUUGUAUUUCCUAUAAGAGCUAUUCCAAUGCAGACAGAUUUUGUGAAAUAAGGUGAGAUGGGAGGUUUUGUGUUUUUAUAAAUCACCUGAAAAUACAACAUACUGGAAUGGCUCAUUGGGGUACGUUCUGUAUCUCCUCCUGCCUCCCGCAUGUGGUUGCUUCUCUGUUCUGACCACACUUAGUAUGAUGCUGAGGGUGGUUUUAGGUCUUUGAAUGUGAGUUUGUUUCCUCCUUCCAUGACAUGGCAUCAGGUAAACCAGGAUAUUUCGUAGGCAGCCUGUCUCCUCCUUCCCACCAGCUUUCCCCCAACCUCACAUUUCUACUCUUCCAUCCUGCCUGAUUUCAGGUGAAAACACUGAUGAUCAGAAAUGGGCUCCUGUGUACGUCUGUGAAUAAAUAGGAUGUACUUGGCACAUCUUAAGUGAAGCAGGUUUUCCAUAUUUCUGCACCCUCAAUGUAUCUCUGACUUCUACUGGUUGUAUUUCUUUUUCUGUGGGGAGAGGGGGUUCCUAGUUAGAUUUAAAAACACACAAAAAAUACUCCCCAUGCCUGUACAUUUUAGGUUUGCUUAGUCAUUCAGUGCCAACGUCUACCUCACCAAUCCAGGUUGGACCACGUCGAGGUCUUUGCCCAUAGAAAGUGCUGUAGAGUUGAUAAAGUAAUAAUCCUCAAAGACAAACAUAAUCUGUGGAACUCCCUGACACAGGAAAUAUAUGGCAGCAGACUCUUAACUUGCCCCAUCUAGAC